CUCUGAACACACAUUAUUUUUGGACUGUGGGCCCCCGCAGCAGCUGAGGCCCAGAUCAUUAUAAAUGGACCGGCCUCAGUGACUGUGUGUCACUGUUGGGUCUGGAAGCAGGAUGAUGGCUGCAGCAAAGAUUGCGCUGCUGCUGUUUGCAGCGAUCGGCUGCAACGCAGCACCGGCUGCAGAGGAGUGCCGGGGUCUGGCCAAACGGCUGCCCAGUAAGAACCUGCAUGAGAUUUACGGUGAGUGGGUUCUGGUCUGGUCCGUCAGUGACUUUCACGUUGGCCAAAGUUUACUGGGAAAUUUAACCAGUUCCCACGUUGAGUUCAAACUCCUUGCUGACAACAAAACAAUCGAGUACAACGAGAAGAACAAAUUCUCCGACCGCUGCACCUCCUACUUUAUCAACCUGACGGUUCCCUCUGGCGACGCUGAACACCACACGCUGGCCAUUCAGUCGAUCAGACUGGAGAAGGACGGAGUGGAAAUCAACUACAACGACACCGGAGACGUUGAAUUCUACGAGAGCUGCGACGACUGUCUGCUGAUGACCUUCAAAAGUUCAAGAAUGAAAUUCCUGCUUAGCUACAGGCGGGAGGGUUCGCACCGGGACGUGGAGCGACACAGAGCCGCCCACGACGACCAUAAGAAACUGGCCGAGUGUCUGGGAGUCCCACACGACAAACCGUACACCUACGACGGAGUGGCAGAUUUCUGUCACAAGAAGUCGGCUCCAGAAGCAAACGCUGACCGGUCCUGAGUGGAGUGAGGAGGAAGAGUCGACUUCCAUGAGGAUUAAAACACAUUUAAAAACUAUUAAAAAGGCUUCAGGUGUGAAUUUAACCGUUUUUGUUGACUGUUAAAUU